CAAAUAAAUCCCAAACCUGCCCCAAAACGUUAUCUCUUCCCAAAAUACCUCCUUUAGUAUUGUCAUGUGUAGUCCAGUGUAAAUGAAACAUGCUGUUAGCCUUUCCCCUUGGAGAUCAGUACACAAUGUUUCCUUCCUAUCAUUUCAAUAGUUGGGAGGUGGCCUUUUGUCCAGUGUCAGAAUGUAUUCAUACACAAAGCUAAUAAUAAAACACAGAUAAGAUUUUUCUGACGGACUGUCAAGCAUGAAUUUUCCACAGUCUAACAUUGUGUGUGUUUUUUUUUGUUUGUUUUGUUCUUUUAAGGCGGAGGGGGAUCGUCUUCCUCCCGGCCACACGGUGAGGCAGCUGGAGACCUGCAAAAUCCGCAGUAUACGCGCAGGGACGCUGGAGCGUCUGGUGGAGACCUUGUUGACGGCAUUCGGAGACAAUGAUCUCACCUACACCUCAAUCUUCCUGUCCACCUACAGAGCCUUCACCAGUACACAGACUGUACUGCAGCUACUGCUAGACAGUUAUGGAUGUAUGGAGGAUGGAAACGGCUCCGACAAGAGUCCCGGCUCUGAAACCAGUGGAGCCAUCAGAAAUGCUCUGGCCUCCAUACUAUGUGCUUGGCUUGACCAGUGUCCUGAAGACUUCCAGGAGCCACCUGAAUACACCUGUCUGCACAGACUGUUGGACUACCUGUACAAAGCCUUGCCCGGGUCGGAGGCUCUCCGACGGGCCGAGAGUCUGCUGGAGCACAUGCAGAGUCAGGCCAGCGCGGAUGAAACCGAUGGUGCUUUUCACAGUUCAUUCUGCCCCGGGGAAGAGUAUAAAGGUGACACAGAAGUACAAGAGAACUUCCUGUCUUUUGAUGCAGACCUGGUAGCCGAGCAGCUGACCUACAUGGACGCUCUGCUGUUUAAAAAGGUGGUGCCCCACCACUGCCUGGGCUCCAUCUGGUCUCAGAGGGACAAGAAGGAAAACAAGGACAGCGCCCCGACCAUCCGUGCCACCAUCACUCAGUUCAAUGCCGUGGCAGCCUGUGUGGUCAGCACGGUGCUCAAACACAAACAGAUCCGACCGCAUGUCCGAGCCAGAAUCAUCCAGCGCUGGAUAGACAUCGCUCAGGAGUGUCGAAUACGCAAGAAUUUCUCAUCCCUGCGUGCCAUUGUGUCCGCGCUGCAGUCGAACCCGCUCUACAGACUGAAGAGGGCAUGGGCCUGUGUACACAAAGACAGCAUGCAGACAUUCGAGGAACUGUCAGACAUUUUCUCAGAUCACAACAACUACUUGACCAGCAGAGAGCUGCUCAUGAGGGAGGGAACUUCAAAGUUUGCCAGUCCAGAGAGUUGUGCCAAGGAGCAUCAGAAACGCACCCAAAAAAGACUGCAGCUGCAGAGGGAGAUGGGAGCCAUGCAAGGAACGAUACCAUACUUGGGAACUUUCCUAACUGACCUCACCAUGUUGGAUACGGCCCUGCCCGACCUAGCCGAGGGUGGACUUAUUAAUUUUGAAAAGAGACGCAGGGAAUUUGAGGUGAUCGCUCAGAUCAAGCUGCUGCAGUCGGCCUGUAACAGCUACUGUCUGACCCCAGACCCCUCAUUUCUACACUGGUUCAAGAGCCAGCCUCAGCUGAGUGAAGAGGAAAGCUACGCUUUGUCCUGCGAGGUUGAAGGUCUUGGCGACAGCAGUCCUACGUCACCGAAACCUCGAAAGAGUAUGGUGAAGAGACUCAGCCUGCUGUUCCUUGGGACAGACAGUAACUCUGCCAGUUCUCCAGUCAGAGAGCUGCCAAGGUCGCCUCCUAUCGGCAGCUCCGGGGAGAGCAUGGACUCUGUCAGUGUGUCCUCCAGUGACUCCAGCAGCCCGUCAGACAGUGAAGUACUAACUGCCCUGACUCACAACUCGGAGUCCCAGCCAAACAAGGUUGGUUCAUACAUUUAGAAGCUGCUGAAUUAUUGAUGAAACAACAACAGUAGAUCUU